AUGCAAAAGAAGCAAAUCAACCUCCUCCGCGGCUGGCCCGCCCCGGAGCUGCUCCCCGCCGCGCAGCUCGCGGCCGCCUGCCAGCGGCUGCUGGGCAGGGACCAGCCCGCCGUGUACACGCCGCUGCUCGAGUACGGCGCCGACGAGGGGUACGCGCCGCUGCGCCGCGGCCUGGCCGCCUGGCUCGGCCGCCACUACCGCGUGCCUCCGGACCCCGCACGGCUCUGUAUCACCGGCGGCGCCAGUCAGAACCUCGCCUGCGUCCUGCAGAGCUUCAGCGACGCCCACGCCACCCGCGCCAUCUGGGCCGUCGCCCCCGUCUACCACCUCGCCGUCCCCAUCUUCCGCGACGCCGGCUUCGGCGCCGGCCGCGUGCGCGCCACGCCCGAGGACGAAGACGGCGUCGACGUCGACGCUCUGGAAAGUAAGAUUUUGGCCUUGGAGCGGGAAGAGGAGGGGAAAGAUUUUGGCAAGAGUUCUCGGCAGCCCACCAAGCUGCCUGACCCCAAACGCAAGUUCUACCGGCACUUGAUCUACGUCGUGCCGACGUGCGCCAACCCCUCGGGUAAAUCCAUGCCUAUUGCUCGCCGCGAGGCUCUGGUGAAUCUGGCGCGCAAGUACGACGCCCUCGUUAUCUGUGAUGACGUCUAUGAUUUCCUGCAAUGGCCGCUGGACGGGCCCGUUUCCGUCGAGCGCCCGCCCGAGAUGAACCUGCCGCGCCUCUGCGACAUUGACCUCGCCAUGCCGCGCGCCGCCAACGACCCCGACGGCUUCCACCACACGGUCAGCAACGGCUCCUUUAGCAAAAUCUCCGGCCCCGGCGUCCGCACCGGCUGGGCGGAAGCCUCGCCGGCCUUUAUCGCCGGCCUCGCCAGCACGGGCUCGACAAAGUCCGGCGGCGCGCCGAGCCAGCUGUGCGCCGGCAUGCUCUCCGACCUAGUUGACAGCGGCGCCUUGGAGCGCAACAUUGAGCAGGUCCUGCGGCCCGCUCUGCAGCGGCGCCACCGCCGGCUCCUCGACGCCGUGCGCAGACACCUGGCGCCGCACGGCGUCACGCGCCGCGAGUCUAGCCUGACCGGCGCCCAGUCCUUUGGCGGCUACUUCUUGUGGUUGCAGCUGAAGCCGGGCUUCUCGGCCGAUCUGGUCGCGCGCGUGGCCAGUGAGGAGGAGAAUGUCAUCAUCGGCCACGGCAACAUGUUCACCGUGCACGAGGAGAAGAGCAAGACGCUCUUUGACCAUCAUUUUCGGCUGUGCUUCUCGUGGUUGCCCGAGGAUGAAUUGGAAGAGGGCGUCAAGAGGCUAGAAAAAGUAUUGGUGCGGAUCGAACAGGACAAGGAGCACUACAAGGCUCUUGAAAAAACGCUACUCGGCAAAAGUGACGACAAGAAGCAAUUUGUAUAG